UGUACAUUGGCAGCGUCCUUUGGCGGUUGACGAACCAGUUUAACGAGUUAGCUUGCCCACGCUUUGUAAACAUGCCACCAAAGCAAGCUUCGAAAGGUGGAAAGAAAGAACCGUCGAAGAAGCCUAUGAAACCUAAAGAGGGUGGUGGGAAAGCAAAGAAGAAAAAAUGGUCUAAAGGAAAAGUUCGGGAUAAACUUGCUAAUAUGGUGUUGUUCGAUCCCGCUACUUUUGAAAAGCUACUGAAAGAAGUCCCACAGUACAAGGUAAUAACACCUUCUGUUGUGUCAGAACGGCUGAAAAUUCGGGCGUCACUGGCACGUCAUGCUCUCGAGGAGCUGUGGCGACGAGGUUCCAUAAAAAUGGUCUGCAAGCACAAUUCACAACAAAUAUACACAAGAACAACAAAGACCGAUUAGUUGUACAAAUAUAUGUGUUUGGUACUCUGA